AUGGAUAGAAGUUGGGUGCACAGCAGACUAUUUUCCCCUGAAUACAUUGACGGCGUCAAAGAAUUUAUGAGUUUCAUUCAGGGGAAAUUCAAUGAGAAUGUUGAAAUUCUAUGCCCAUGUAGCAGAUGCCUUAAUCAGAAGUACCAAAGACAGGCUGUUGUGAAGAAGCACAUACUGAUGAAUGGUAUGGAAACUACUUAUACUCGGUGGAUUCAUCAUGGAGAGAGCUUAGAUGUCAAUGUUAUUGACGAUCCUAUUGAUAUGAAUGAAAAUAAUGAUGGUUCCACAACUAUGGUGACAGAGGAUGACAACUAUGGUGAUCGUUUGGAAGGAAUUUUAGGAGACCUACAGACUGCAGCGGCACAAGCAAGACCGGAUGUAGAAAAUCAAGUUGGUGCUGAAGAACCUCGUGAUAAAGAGUCAUUUUUGAAUAUUGUCAUGAGAGAGGCAAAGCGUCAACUUUAUCCUGGUUGUACCAAAUUUUCAAGGUUCUCAUUUGUGGUAAGGCUUCUUCAUAUGAAGUCAUUAUAUAGGAUCAGCAAUUCUGCUUUUUCUGCACACAUGAAGCUAUUGGCUGAUGCUUUCCCAGAAUGCAAUACACUCCCAAAAUCAUAUGAUGAAGCAAAAGGCAUUCUAAAGGAAAUGGGUCUUGGUUAUGAAUCAAUACAUGUGUGCUACAAUAAUUGUGUGCUGUUCAGAAAGGAAUAUGAGAAGCAUGACAAUUGCUCGGUUUGUGGUCUCUCGAGAUGGAAAGAUGCAGAAAGAAAGAAGAUUCCACAAAAAGUGUUGCGGCAUUUUCCAUUGGCACCUAGGCUAAAGAGGAUGUUUUCGACCAAAGAAGCAUCAGAAGCGGCACAGUGGCACAAGUUAAAGCGACAGCCCGUUGAGAAUAAUAUGAGCCACCCAGCUGAUGGCGAGGCAUGGCAAGAUUUUGACCGUGAAUAUCCUGGUUUUGCAAAGGAUGCAAGAAACCUUAGACUUGGCCUAGCUACUGAUGGGUUCAAUCCUUUUUCAGAAAAGAACACAAAAUAUAGCAUGUGGCCUGUGUUUGUUGUGCCCUACAACCUAGCACCGUGGGAGUGCAUGGAGGAAUCAAACUUUAUGAUGGCUUUGCUUAUUCCAGGUCCGAAAUCACCUGGGAAGGACUUUGAUGUAUUUUUACAGCCUCUUGUAGAGGAUUUACUUGAGCUUUGGGCAGGUGUUGAUACUUAUGAUGCUAUUACUGGCAAAUCAUUUAAACUUCGUGCAGCGGUUUUGUGGUGCAUCCAUGAUUACCCAGCUUUGAGUACUCUCUCAGGGCGUACAACAAGGGGCUAUUUUGCUUGUCUCCAUUGUGACAAGCAUCCUCUUUCAUAUGCCUUAAGGAGCAAAAUUGGUUAUUUUGGGCACUUCCGUUUCCUUCCAAAGGAACAUCCUUUGAGGAGAAACAAUGAGUUUACUGGACUUCACGAAAGCAAUGAUCCACCAGGUAAAUUCUGUACAGAAGAGUUGCUGGCUGAAUUGGAGAGAGUUAAAGACGUCAGACCUGGGAAGCCACAAGGAACUGGGAAAAGGAAGCGUUCCAACUCUGAAGGGGGUCAUGUGGAAAUUUGGAGCCGGAUGGUUAGUUUAUGGAAGUUGCCAUAUUGGAAAAAACUAAAGGUGAGACAUAAUCUUGAUGUGAUGCACAUUGAAAAAAACAUAUGUGAGAACCUAAUUGGGACAAUUCUCAAUAUAAAGGGCAAGACAAAAGACACAGCUAAAGCUAGGCUUGAUUUGAAAGAUUUGGGUAUUAAAAAGGAGCUGCAAUUUAGAGAGGAUGGAGAGAUGCCUCAUGCUAGAUAUACCUUGUCUACUGAACAGAAGAAGGCUUUUUGUGCUUUUUUACAAGAGGUCAAGUUUCCAGAUGGAUUUGCUUCCAACAUCUCAAGAUGUUUAAAUGCUGAGGGAACAACGGUACAGGGGCUGAAAACACAUGAUUGUCACAUUCUUUUGCAAAGAAUUUUGCCCGCUGCCAUGAGAGGAUUUCUGGACAGUGAUAUUUAUGAAGCAAUAGCUGAGUUGGGGAUGUUUUUUAGGAAAUUGUGCAGCAGAACUCUUAACAAGGAUGUGCUGGUUCAAAUGAAGAAAGAAAUCCCUAUAAUUUUGGUGAAGCUUGAGAAAAUUUUCCCUCCAGCUUUCUUUGAUGUGAUGGUACACCUUGCUAUACAUUUACCUGAUGAGGCAUUGCUCAGGGGUCCUGUGCAAUAUGGGUGGAUGUACCCAAUUGAAAGGCGACUAUAUACUUUGAAGCGAUAUGUGAGGAAUAGGUCACGACCAGAAGGUUCAAUUGCCGAGGCUUAUAUUGCUGAUGAGUGUCUGACAUUUUGCUCUAAAUACAUGGACGAUGUUGAAACAAGAUUUAAUCGGGAGCCAAGAAAUAAAGGUUUCUCCAAUGAAGAAGCUUAUGGUGUUGAUGUUUUUGGGCAUGGAGUUAAUUUUACUUCUGCACCUGAAUAUGUAUAUGAUGAAAAUGGCAUUGAUCAAAUGGUGUGGUUUGUGCUAAACAACUGUGCCCAAGUUGAGUAUUACGUCAAUUUGUUCAUAGAAGAGUUAGAGACACAAGGGGUGCCUAACAUUGAAAGAAUGCUUCGACAAGGAUUUCAGACCUGGUUUAGGAACCAUAUUUUGAAGAAGUAUAGUACAAAUCCAGAAGAGGUGGAUGUUGAUAUCUUCUCCUUGGCAUGCGGUCCUGAUUUGAGAGUUAGAAAAUACUCCUCGUGCAUAGUGAAUGGUGUGCGGUUUAACACAGUUAACCGUGACAAGAACAAGAAGACACUGAACAGUGGAGUAAUGUCACAAGCUACACAUAAUGGUCAGUUAAUUGAUUUUUUUGGAAACAUAAAAGAGAUAAUUCAGUUGGACUAUAACUUAGAGGAGAGGUCCGUAGUUUUGUUUGAGUGUGACUGGUUCAAACUGGAUGGAAAGAGGACUGCACUUAAAGAUGAUGGCUUUUUUAAAAGCAUCAAUGUUGGAAGUUUGUGGUACAAGAAUGAUUGUUUCAUAUUGGCCACUCAUGCUACGAAGGUUUUCUAUUUGCCAGAUACAAAGCUGGGUGAAAAUUGGCAAGUUGUACAGACAUUUGACCAUAGGCAUCUUUAUAACGUAAGUCAGACGGAGGUUAGUGCUACUGCAUAUCAAGAAGACGAGUGCUAUGAUGAGGAGGAUCCACGCCGACCAGUUUCUAGCAUUAUAUAUGAUACGCCUUUAAAUAGAGAUGAUGAGCGUGGCCCUGUUUUUGAAGCUGCUGAAAUUGCUCGGUUGAUGAAAGAAUCUAGCAAAGAAGUGAAUGUCAUUGGUGAUGAAGAUGAAGAUGAAGAAGAUGACACACUUAUGGAGUAUUUUAACGAAGAAGAUGACUCAGUUAUGGAGGUCGAUAGUGACGACGAAUAG